AUGAAGCUCUAAGCCAGUUAUUAAUAACAGCCCAGCGCGUCUCCUGACCCACCUAAGAGCAUAUGGUGUUUUUCACAAAAGAGAAGAGACAUCAUUCUCCUUGGCUUUGGACUUCACUUACAGAGCCCCUGAGCACCUCCCUUCAAUGUGGAUGAGGCUGUUUGCACGACAGACGAAUGCAUUAGAAUUCGCUUCCUCUCAUGUGUUUCUGGCUAAGUAAAGCGGUUUUUGUCCUCAGCGGAAGUCUACUUUGUCAAGUUGAGACCUGCCAAAAGUGCUCCAGUCUUCGCUUGUAACUUCCUUGGUUUUGGACUCGCUUGUCUGACCCUGGCCGGAAUCGGAGAAGUUGGGAGGGACCAAGGUUGCUAAGAGACCACCUGCGCUGAAUGCACUUUGUUCAAGCAAGAGCUUGCGGAGUGAACCCCAGGAGUGGGGUUAUCUACCAGUACCUGGGAUCAAGUCAGGGAGCAAGAGCAUUCUGUAUAUGAUGUGUAAAAACUGGAUAUUAAUGUCUACUACUAUUCCUGCAAGUCCAGAAGAUGAAAUUCUUGGAAGACUUCUAAAAAUUUUGUUUGUUAUCUUUGUUGACUUUAUGUCUAUUAUAUAUGUCAUUAUAACUUCCUAAAGAACUGAAUUCCCUUGCUUCACAUGUAAAUUUCACAUUAAUUCCACUGAAUAAAAUUUGUAGUUUAA